GGCGGGGGAAGCCGGGAAGGAGAGGAGAGGAGAGAGUGAUCUGUGCUGCCAACCCCUCAGCCCAGAGAGUGGUGUAACAAUGAAUAGAAAGGGGUCUGUGUCUCAAGAAGCUGAGUUUACUUUUACACCACUGGUGGUUCUAGAGCUUGCCAAAGACACUCAUAAAGACACCAAGGAAUGGCUUAUUCAAAGAAUCACAGACAAAAAGAAUGUGGGCGGUGCUCAAUUGUAUAUCAAACCACUCGAAAUGGAUGAUGGUCUUAAAACCCACAACAUGUAUAUUAUUGGAGCAUCAUGGAGAAGGCUAUUGCUGGGAGCCGAAGCUGUAUGUUUAGUGAAGGAGUAUCAAGAUGGCUCAAUGAGAGCUUUUACUUACCUAAACAAAGAACAAUACAAAGAAUUUACAGAUGACAAUGAAGAUUUUCUGACAAUGGCAGAGUGUCAGUAUAUCAUCAAACGUGAAUUAGAAAAUCUUAGAGCAAUAGACGAAACAAUGAUCCCAGGAUAUGCACAAGCAAAGCUUUAUCCUGGAAAAUCGAUCUUCCGACGGUUGCAGACCAGUGGAAUUCUAAUCCAGUACUUCCCCUUGCACAAUAGAGGAGAACUGAAAAAGCUCACCUUAAACUGGUAUGGUCGGAUAAAACCUGCCUUUUUACCUAUUGAUAGCAUCCAGCACUACUUUGGAGAUUCAAUUGGAUUGUACUUUGCUUUUCUCGAGUACUUAACAGUUGCUUUAUUUCCCAUCGCCUUAAUUGGCAUGCCUUACUAUUUAUUUACCUGGGAAGAUUAUGACAAAUAUGUACUGUUUGCUUCUUUCAACCUCAUAUGGUCGACCAUCGUUCUUGAAUUUUGGAAGCGUGGCUGUGCCAAACUGUCAUAUAAAUGGGGAACGCUAGUAAAGAAGAGGAAAUUUGAAGAACCACGACCUGGCUUUCAUGGAAAGUUGGGAAUAAAUCCAGCGACUGGCAGAAAAGAGCCCACGUAUCCUACUUAUAAGAGACAGCUUCGUAUCUACUUUGUUUCCGUACCAUUUGUUUGCUUAUGUCUCUACUUUUCAUUGCAUGUUAUGAUGAUCUACUUUCGUAUGGAGAACUGGGCUCUGGCCUUUCAUCAAGAGGAACAAACGAGCAUCAGUGCUUUCAUGCUCUAUGGCCCCAGUAUAUUGUAUGCUGUUGUUAUUGAGAUUAUGAAUCGUAUCUACAGAUAUGUUGCAGAAUAUUUAACUUCAUGGGAAAACCACAGACUUGAGUCUUCUCAUCAGAAUCAUUUAGUCCUUAAAGUGUUGGUGUUCAACUUCACAAACUGUUUCUCAUCCCUCUUCUACAUUGCAUUUGUUCUUCAGGAUAUGAAACUUCUUCGACAGAGUCUAGCUACCUUACUCAUCGCAUCGCAAAUACUCAACCAGGUUGUUGAAUCUUUUCUUCCUUACUGCCUUCAAAAACGUCGCAACAGAAAGGUCAAACAGAAGUUUCAAGUUUCACGUGUAGAGAAAGAACUUCCAUUCGUUCAGCAAGUCAAGCUGGAAGGAGAAAUGGAUACGUAUUUGGGAACUUUUGAUGAUUACUUAGAGCUAUUUCUGCAGUUUGGCUAUGUUAGCCUUUUCUCCUGUGUUUAUCCACUGGCAGCUAUACUUGCCAUAUUGAACAACAUCACAGAGGUCUACUCUGACGGCUUGAAAAUGUGUCGCGUCUUCAAACGACCUUUUUCAGAACCUGCAUCUGACAUUGGAGUCUGGCAGCUGGCCUUUGAGACGAUGGGAGUGAUAGCAGUGAUCACCAAUUGUGGGUUGAUUGGGAUAUCACCCCAAGCAAGGAGCUUUUUCGAGAACAGCACAGAGCUUGUUCUGCUGGUCGUGGCUGUAGAACAUAUUCUUUUGGUUCUGAAGUUUAUCGUGGCCUUUAGCAUCCCUGAUAUACCCACUGACAUCAGAAAUAAACUGUUCAGGCUGGAAUUUGAAAGUCUGGAGGCCUUAAAACAACAGCAAAUGAAGCAAGCCGAGGAGUCACUGCCAGAAAAGAAGAAAGGUUUGGAGGAAAGGAAAAGAAAAAGCAGCAAAGAUUUUGUGAAGUAAUGCUUGUAAAAAGUGACAUUCGAACCUUUGAUGGAUGAAGCCAUACAACAAAUUUAAACCUACUGCAAAUGUAUUCAUAAUUAUUGGGCAUAAGUAUUCAUGCCAUUGCACGACAACCUUGUCACCACUGCACUAAAAUGUAACAUAACUUUGCAUUUUAAUUUAAUUCACUAAAAGUUUGCCUGAAGCUUUAUUGAAGUCUGAAUAUACAAUAUGGAGUGAUACAUUACUACAGUAUUCCUUCUCGAUGAUUAUAUGCAACAUUGUCAGUUUAUGUUGAAGUGUUGUUCACAUGUUGAGGUAGGUGAGUUAGCUCUUCAAGCAAGCAGGUAAAACAAAUUUCCUGUUGCUCUUAUGCAAGAGUUGAAUGAAUGAAAGAUGAAAAUUGAAUUUUUGGUUCUUGCCUUGAAUGAUGUAAAUUAUGUAAUUGAUGUGCAGAUACCUUAUCACAAUAAAAAUAUUGCUGUUCCUAACAUAAGAUUCUUGUGUACAAAACAAACUGGCUUCUGGGUUUUAGAGUUAGAGCAGGCGAAAUUCCACAAGUACUGCUGCUUUUUAAUUUCUGCAAGGGGAAAGCUGAAAAUCAAACAAAGCAUAAUUUGAUGGGAGCC